UCAAGUGAGAAACAAAGUUCUUCUCUCUCUCUCUCCACAACUUCCAAAACCUCAUAAACCUUCCUUUUUCCCCCGAAGCUCUGAGAAGGAAAGCUGAGGAUAUUCGUCGAGUUAGAAACGAGAUGGCAACUCAGCUCCCUGACGAUUUCAAGUGCCCUAUAUCUCUCGAGAUAAUGUCCGACCCGGUUAUCCUUCCAUCGGGUCACACCUUCGACCGAGCAUCAAUCCAACGAUGGCUAGACGCCGGCCACCGGACUUGUCCGAUUACCAAACUUCCCUUGCCUGAACACCCUUGUCUUAUCCCGAACCACGCCCUCCGCUCCCUAAUUUCCAACUAUACCCUCGUCGCUCCUUCAAAGUCACAGCCUUGCCCUCAACCCCAAACCCUCAUCUCUGCUCUGACCUCUCCAUCGUCCCCUCUCGAAACCAAGCUCAAGUCGCUCACACAGCUCGCCAGACUCACCAAACAUGACUCAGCACUUCGCCGUAAACUAACCGAGUGGGGAGCUGCCCCCGCGGUUCUCAAGUGUGUCGACUCGGAGGAAUCGAAUUUACAAGAGAAGUCGCUCUCUUUACUCCUUAAUCUCAGCCUAGAUGAUGAUAACAAAGUGGGUUUAGUCGCGGAAGGCGCGAUUAACCGGGUCGUCAAGGUCUUACGUCUGGGGUCACCCGAUUGCAGAGCCAUAGCUGCAACGAUUAUAACCAGCUUGGCUGUCCUGGAAGUCAAUAAAGCGACGAUAGGGGCAUACCCGGAUGUGAUUCAGGCAUUGGUUUGGCUUCUUAUUUCAGGGCAAGGAAGGGAAAAGAAAGAGGCCGCAACUGCUCUCUAUGCACUCUGUUCAUUUGCUGAUAACAGAUGGAGAGCUAUAGAUUGCGGGGCGGUGUCGAUACUGGUCCGAUUAUUGGAUUCCGGCUUGGAAAGGGCGAUUGAAGUGUUGGGAUUAUUGGUGAAAUGCAAAGAAGGGAGAGAGGAGAUGAUGAAGGUUAAUGGGUGUGUCAAGGUUUUGGUUCAUGUUUUAAGGAAUGGGACCUCAAGGGGAGUUCAAUAUGGACUGUUUACAUUGAAUUGUUUAUGCAAUUGUUGCGAAAGGCUUUGUUUCGAAGCGAUGAACGAAGGAGUUUUGGAGAUUUGUAUUGGGUUAAUGGAGGAAGAGAACGAGAAGAUAAGGCGAUACACUUCAAGUUUGAUUCAGACUCUCAGAGACAAUCAUGCUAUCGGAUGAAUCCAACAAAGCUUUCAGCGUUGGAAAUGGAGGUGAGUUGUUGUUGUUCAGUUCAUAGUUUGAUUGUACAAUAGGAAACACAGAUUAGAUUUUUGUAUCCAUGUAUAUCUGAAAUAAAGGCCAGGCAUGGUGAAAGGGAGGGCUUGCUGGUUCUCCCUUGUUAAAUGUUGUAGUGAAAAAGAAAAAAAAAGUUCAAAAUUUUUGUUACUUCA